GACAAAUGCAGAGAAGAAGAGGAGUUCCCCAUCAGCCCCACUCACUUUAAAAUGUUGUCUCAUGUACGAAUCCGCUAAUUUGCCUCUUUUUGAGGCUUUGAAGCUCUGUUGCUUUUCAGCAUGAUUCAUAUUCAGUCGGUGGACCUCUCUUUUUGUCUGUGUUGGUCUAAUGCAAAGUCUGUAAAUGUUAUCCCGCGCUGUUUGUGGAUGGCUGUAGCUAGCUGUCAGGAGCUAACUCAGUGAUGUUCUCGUCGUCGAGGACGGAGCGCCAGGGACAGGUGGGAGACCUGAGACACCAGAGCAGAGAAGAGCUCCAAGAACUGCUCCUGAGGCAGGAAAAGAUACUCUCGAACAAGUAAGUUCACACAGCCAGCCUGAGGUGGAGCUCCGUGGGAAAAACAUGACACAGUAAAGGUUCAGAGACACUUCGAUUUACCCUGUCUCAUAACAUAGAGACUGUCAGAGUGAAGUUUAGAGACUGUGAAUGUUAACUUCUUUAGAAAAUGACUGGUUACAGAGCACAGAUCCACAAUAAAACAGGCUGAUUAUCUCUGUUUUCGUUAGUAUGAAAGGAAACUAGCUGAUAAGUAGAAGGCGACCACCUACAGUAUGUUGGUAAAAUGUGAAACUAACUCCUGACGCCUGCUAUAACUGCGUUAUUAAUGUUGGCUGUGACUCAAUAAAAUAUUGACUUUGCUUAUAUUCCUACAUUUUUCAUGAAUAAAAUGAAAGUCCUUAAUUUAUAGGUGGUUUUAGCAAAGAGACUAAACACAACUCACAGUCUCUCUUCCAGCAGCCGCUUAUUUGUACGCGAGUCCAUCUACUGCAGCGGAGUUUCGCAGCUCAAGGAAGAACAUUUAUGAUCAUUUCUUCAUGGAAAUACAAUCAGACUGAGACUCUAAGGCAGAAGAACUACCACAUCUGCAGUGCAAAAUGAUUAAUAUGAUGAUUAUUACUUCAAGGAAAUGAUAAAGAAAUUAUCAUGAAUGCUCUUCCUUGAGCUGUGUCACCCCGCUGCGAUCGGCAACAUUCAUCUCUGUACGCGAUGUCUAACUCAGUGUUUGACCCUAACUUAAUUUUACGCCAGAAAAUAUCCCUUUAAAACAAGCUAAAUUUGAAAACACUAGUACUUUAUCAUUUUUUUUUAUUGAUUACUUAAUUGUGCAGUUUUGUUCAAUUUUCUUAACUACACAGUUAAAAGGUUUUUGUUUAUUAAAAUGGAGAAGACUGCACCUCAGCCUCUUUCUAAUUCAACUGUCAAUGAAAAAAAGUGAGAUAAUUGAAGUGUGUUGUUUGCAGGAGGUUGGUCCAAACUCUUCCAGACAAAGGGAAAAAGAUUGCAGAGUUUGCAGAGAGAGUGCGUCUUGCCAUUGAGCUCCACAAUGAAGAGGAGAGGAGACAGAACCUGGCUUCUGCUGCCAGGACAGAGCUACAGUCCAAAUAUAAGCAGGCCUUCACUAUGCAACAACGUACUCACUCCAUCACACCAGCUGCCUCGCACCAGUACAAGCAAAAUGAAGGAUCUGCAGGGAGUACCUCACAGGACAGGGGGAGCUCUCCUACUUUAGCUCACAGGCAUGAAAAUGUCACAUUAGGCGAGCAACAGGACCAGUUUGUCCUCCGAGCGGCUGCUGAGGAAACCAUGGAGACGGCUGCUGCUGGGGCCUCUCUGAACUCUGAUGAGACAAAAGAGGCUGACCUUGUGGAGGCCUUGGAAAGGGUCAGACUAUCUGAAACUGGUACUGGUUUCAAAGGCGAAUCCAAAGACCCAUUAAACAGCACAGCAAGAGACUCACUCAAGGAGAUACCAAAUCAAAAGCAAAUCCCAGCGCAGAGGAAGCAAAAAUUCAAACCUAAUCAGUGAGUUGACUUUGACUUAUCAUGUGAUGAUUACUAAUGUGUAUUUCACAACAUUUGAUAAAUACAGAGAUAAGCUGUGUGGAUUUCAAUCAGCAACAUGUUCAGUCAUUUUCCUGACUUUGUAAUUAUCUAAUUUAUCGCUAAAAGUUUAUUCCACAUUAAAUCUCUUUGACCUCGUUUCCAGGCUGCUCCAAAGAAAUGAGAUCUCUCUGUCAGGGUCCUCACCACCCAGCCAGUCCUCCGAAGGCUCCUCACCACCCUCUGCUCAGGCGAGGAAGGAGCAGGACAGAAAACACCUGGAUGACAUCACAGCAGCCAAACUACCUCCUCUUCAUCACAGUCCUGCCCAGCUCCUGUCUCUGGAAGAGUCUGCUGUUCUCCUGAGGAAACAAACUAAGAGGCAGCAGGUAAGAGCAGCUGAGGCCUCCACACAUUUGUUUUAUUACCAAUAGUGGAUUCAACAAACUAAAGGUGUCCAGCAGGUCUCCGUAUUCUCACUUUCCUCAAGAAGUUUCUUGAUCCGUCCUAUGCAGAGAUGAAACACUUAGAGAUGUUUGAACCCCUCAAAUGUUUUACAGUCUGCCAAAGAGAGUUACUUACAGACAUUGAAGAGCAUUUAAACUAAAAUGGCCCAGGGUUCAAUAAUGCAGGAGGCUGAAUUGGCAUGAAUGUCCAGUUUUGGGUACCAGUGAGACACUGAAUUUAGGUUUGCGUUCAAGGAAUCCAGAGCAAUAAUUUCUAGGGCUAUUCAGACUGAAAAACACUGCACAGUACUUCAUAUAUUAAGACGGGAGGAUGCUGAACAGCUGUUUACAGAAGUUUUCUUUGUACAUCCUUUUUGAGUUUUUUUUUAUGAUGUUCAAUUUUAAAAAGCUGUGAAGGACAGUUUUCUUUGCUCCAGAAAUGUGCUCUGUAGUAUAUAUUUGAUCAACUGCUCACAUUUUUUUUUCCACCUCACAAAAUUUUAGAUUGUUUGACUCUUGUGUUCCACAAAUCCUACUUUUUCUUGUCGCUGAAGCCCCUUCGAUUUUGCGAUCUUGCAAUGACCUCCUCGGAAGGAGAAAGGAAUGUUUUUGUUUGUACAUAUGUUUAUUUCACAACUGAUUAAAAUGAAUGUCUUGAAAAUGUAAUUGCAGAAUACAUUUAAAGUGAGCACAGCAGCAGAAAUAAGAACAAUAUUUAUCAAAAUAUGUGAUUUGAAGAAAAGACAAUAACACCUUUCAGUUUCUAUUGACAUGUUAUUUCCACACACCAUAAAUUUGGCAGUUUUCAUUCAAGCGUUUCUUUUGCCUGAAUGAAAAUGUUCAGAUAAAUUAAACAUGAUGAUUUGUGACUCUUCUAAUCUAUUGUUUCUGGAGAAUUAAAUAUUAAGUGAAUGCUGCUGAUAUAAAUGAAAGUUUCCCUUACACCCCUCCAUCAGCUCUAGAGGGCAGUGUUCAGUCAUUGUACGCUGCCAGUAUCACUUCACAUUCACAGUAAAGAGUUGAGAGCCAAACGUCAAACAAUGUGCUGCUGUCAACUCUCAGAGGUCUGUUAAGCUUAUAAUCAGCCGUACUUUUGUCAGGGGUUUAACAGCUAUAGCUGUGCUGCUUUAUAAUAAUGUGCUUGUUUUCUGUUACCAGCCUAUUCAUGUCAACUUUUCUCUGUGUUGUGUUUAUUUUCAGGAGUUACAGGCCAAGCUGGCCGCCCAGAAACUGUCUGAGGGAUUGAAGAUCUCUAUGGGGAGUUACACUCCUGAUGGUGGCCCCAUGGCUGCCUACCGAGAGGUUCACGAUGAAGGAGCUCAGCUCUCCUCAGAGGAGGACUGAUCCUGGAAGGCCAGAGCUGGGGAAACCACAGCGACCUUGGCCUUGUGGGAAAUGGGCUUUGGACCUCACAACCAGGAGCCAUCAAACAGGAUGUUCUCUCCAGGGACAAGAAUUCUUAAGAAAGGAAAGAGUCUUUGCAAGAUGUGAAGGCAAAGUUCGUAUCAGCGACCCAGCUCAGGAAACUGAAAGACAGGUUGAGAAACUUGCUUGCUCAAUUUACAUUGAACUGAAUUUGCCUCAGUUGUUUGAAUCUCCAGGGAGAAUUUAAGUACCUGCUUUUGACAGGGGUUCAACAUUAAAUGUGAAUUUAAAGGUUGAAAAUCUCUUUAAGUGUGUUUUCAUUCAUGCACACUCAAAGCUCAUCAGGAAUUGGAGUCGACUGUUUUGGCACAAAAACCACAGUUUAUAUCUUUUUCUUGAAAACCAACAUGAACCUGCAGAUUCAUGGGACUAAUUUGAUUAUGGCAGUAACAGGAUGAAAUAAAUGCAUCUGCUUUUCUAAACAA